AUGGGUGCCUCGGCCUCCCGGGGCCGGCCCGCCCGGGUCCCCGCGCCGGAGCCCGAACCCGAGGAGGCGCUGGACCUGAGCCAACUGCCACCGGAGCUGCUCCUGGUGGUGCUGAGCCACGUGCCCCCGCGCACCCUGCUGGGGUGCUGCCGCCGGGUGUGCCGGGGCUGGCGCGCCCUGGUGGACUGCCAGGCCCUGUGGCUGCUCAUCCUGGCCCGGGACCACGGCGUCUUGCUGCCGCUCGCCCGCAGCUGCCUGCCCCCAGCCCGCGACGGCAUGCCCAGCCUCCUGGGCCGCUUCUGCGAGCGCCGCCCGAUCGGACGCAACCUCAUCCGCAACCCUUGCGGCCAGGAAGGCCUCCGGAAAUGGAUGGUGCAGCACGGUGGGGACGGCUGGGUGGUGGAGGGAAACAGGUCAACGGUGCCCGGGGCCCCCUCGCAGACCUGCUUCGUGUCUUCCUUCAGCUGGUGUCGCAAAAAGCAGGUGUUGGACCUGGAGGAGGAGGGUUUGUGGCCAGAGCUGCUAGAUAGUGGCAAGAUUGAGAUUUGUGUCUCUGAUUGGUGGGGAGCCCGACACGACAGUGGCUGUAUGUACCGACUCCUUGUCCAACUUCUAGAUGCCAACCAGACUGUCCUGGAUAAAUUCUCUGCUAUGCCUGUUCCCAUCCAACAGUGGAACAACAAUGUCUGCUUUCAGGUCACCCACGUGUUCUCCAACAUCAAGAUGGGCGUCCGCUUUGUGUCUUUCGAACACUGGGGCCAGGACACACAGUUCUGGGCUGGUCACUAUGGAGCCCGUGUGACCAACUCCAGUGUGGUCGUGCGGGCCCGGUUGUCUUAG